GCAAUCAUGGUAUCGUUUUUCAUCAGUCAGACUAUCCUUAUCCUUGCCAUGACAAUGGCACGCGGCACCUUAGGCUAUGAUACAGCUGCAUCAGCAUUAUUACUAGAAGUCUGCACCUCUCCCUCUUCGUCUCCUCCAUCAAUCUCUCGUAUUUUUGUCCUCUCCCACCCUUCUUCCCCUUCGUCCCAACUAAUCUCUUCCUCGGGGCGCAACACAACAUGCCCAUUAUUUGUUCUCAGCAGCGAACACCAGUAGACUGGGUGAAAAGAGUGAGAAAACGCUCUUCCCUUUUAGUCUGCCAUGGAUAAGUAUAAAAAAAAAUGUUUGCAGUCUUUCGUUCCAUAUCCUCCCCUGUCCCCUGCUUCCAACUUGCACGUAAGAUGCCAAAAUCUCGCAUAUAGAAAAAGAAACACAAUAAAAGAAAAAAGUAAGGAAACAAGAAUACCAAAAAUCGAACCAAAAUCAAGCCACACACUGCGGUAGGCGAAAAGGACGAGUCAUGAUAUUUUGCAAGCGCGUUCAAUUAUAACCUCCCCAACUCCUGGUUUCAUGUUUUUUUCUUCGCAGAAAGGGAGAGGGAAAAAAAAACUCAAAUGUGCUAAAGCAACGCGUAGCAGUUCAAUAAUCAGUGAAAUAGCGACCAAGCGCUUGGGGAUUUGUCUGCGAGCAGGGGGGAAACAUAUCAAGUCUUCUAUGGCUUAAAGAAAAAAGGGCGAUAUUGUCGUAAUCAGGCAUUCGUAACAGUCUAUCGAGGCCGGC